AACCAGAGAGAGAGCAGUGGAGAAUUGGAGGGUAGGUGGGCAUGGUGGGUGGGUGGGAAAUGAUUUUCUAUAACUAAAAAUUGUCCCCCAGAAAUUUUUUUUGCGAUUCUCAAUUUCACUAUCUCGUCAACCCUUCGUCCUGAUUCUUCUCUCAUGGCGUCGUCUCUCUCCUCUAAACCAUUUUUUGGUUCCUCGAGAAUCGAAGGCUUCUCUGGGUUGAGUUCUCUCUCUUCAGAUCUCUCGAAACUCUCCUUUUCGGCUGUUAAAAUCUCAGUCGGGUCCCGGAGCGCGAAGAAGCUGCAGAUAAAAGCUGCUGGAAGUACAUUUGGAAACUAUUUUCGCGUUACAACAUAUGGAGAAUCUCAUGGAGGUGGAGUUGGCUGUGUGAUUGAUGGAUGCCCUCCACGCCGCCCGCUUGCAGAAGCUGAUUUGCAAGUGGAGCUUGACAGAAGGAGACCAGGUCAGAGUAGAAUUACCACUCCAAGGAAAGAGACUGAUACAUGUCGGAUACUUUCAGGAGUCACUAAUGGAAUUACUACUGGAACACCAAUUCAUGUAUUUGUACCAAAUACCGAUCAGAGAGGACAUGAUUAUAGUGAAAUGUCAGUAGCCUAUAGGCCUUCUCAUGCCGAUGCUACUUAUGACAUGAAAUAUGGAAUUCGAGCUGUUGAGGGUGGUGGCAGAUCCUCGGCUAGGGAAACCAUUGGGAGGGUUGCUGCUGGAGCUGUUGCUAAGAAAAUUCUCAAGGAACUAGCAGGAACUGAGGUACUUGCUUAUGUAUCUCAAGUGUACAAGGUUGUACUGCCAGAGGGUUUGGUCGAUCAUGAAACUUUGUCAAUGGAGCAGAUUGAGAGCAACAUAGUGAGGUGCCCAGAUCCUGAAUAUGCUGAGAAAAUGAUUGCUGCCAUUGAUGAAGUCCGUGUGAAGGGAGAAUCAAUUGGUGGUGUUGUCACGUGCAUCGUGAAGAACUGUCCACCUGGGCUUGGUUCACCAGUGUUUGACAAACUUGAAGCAGAGUUUGCUAAAGCUGUCCUGUCAUUACCUGCAUCAAAGGGCUUUGAGAUCGGCAGCGGGUUUUCAGGUACCUUUUUAACUGGCAGUGAGCAUAACGAUCCGUUCUUUGUUGAUGAAAAUGGAAGAAUUAGAACAGUUACAAACCGAUCUGGCGGAAUACAGGGAGGUAUAUCUAAUGGAGAAACCAUAAGCAUGCGGGUUGCUUUCAAGCCAACAGCUACCAUUGGGAAAAAGCAACACACAGUGACCAGAGAGAAGAAAGAGGUUGAGCUGAUCGCACGUGGUCGCCAUGAUCCUUGUGUCGUCCCGAGAGCUGUACCAAUGGUUGAAGCUAUGGUAUCUCUAGUGCUCAUGGACCAGUUGAUGGCACAAUAUGGACAAUGCAAUCUAUUCCCAAUCAACUCAGAUCUGCAAUCAUCCAUUGAACCAAGGCCUGAGGCUUUGAAGACGCCCAUUUGAACCGAAACUAGUGUAACAUAAAUCUCCUAUAUGUGCUCUGCGCUCGGAAUACAAUAUUUGUCUGUACACUUGUGCUAAUUUUUUCCUUCUACCAAUCUUCCUGUAAUCUGUUGAGAUCUUGGAACAAAGUAAGUUAUAUUAAGUUUGUUUCAUGCUUACCCUUGAAAUGUGUGGUACUUGUCAAAAUUUUGCUCAAUUGUAUUGAAGGGAAUAAAGAAUUUGAAUAAUGAAGAUCUCUCUAAGUAUUCAGUU